AUGGCCAAACGAACUCUACCGAUCCUCAAGCAACAACUUCACCGACCAAGUCCAUCUGUUCCAAGCCCAUCCCGAUCUGUCACUUACAUGCCCCGACCAGGUGACGACGCUCCUCACACAAUCACCUUAAUCCCUGGAGAUGGAAUCAGUCCCCUCGUUACCGGAGCCGUCGAGCAAGUAAUGGAUGCGAUACACGCGCCAAUUUACUUCGAAAAGUUCGAUGCUCAUUGUGACAUGAAGGCCAUACCAAUGGAGGUCAUAGAGUCGAUUAAGAAGAAUAAAGUGUGUUUGAAAGGAGGUUUGAAUACUCCCAUGGGUGGAGAGGUUAGUUCGUUGAAUGUGCAGUUAAGGAAAGAGCUUGAUCUGUACACUUCGCUUGAAAAUUGUUUUAAUUUGCCUGGAUUACCUACACACCAUGAAAAUGUUGAUAUUAUGGUGAUUAUAGAGAAUACUGAAGGGGAAUAUGUAGGGAUCGAACACGAGGUUGUUCCUGGUAUGGUGAAAAGUCUUAAGAAUCUCAGGUCAAAUCUCCUUUAG